UUAACAGAAGAAAGCCACAGAGACAUCCCUGAACCUACUUCAGGGCUGCCUACCUGCCAGGUGUGCAAAGAUGAUGACCAUGAACAGUAAGCAGCCUUUCUCCAUGCACCCCAUCCUCCAGGAACCCAAAUACUCCAGCCUGCACUCCAGCUCGGAGGCUAUGCGGAGAGUUUGCCUUCCAGCCCCUCAGCUCCAGGGCAAUAUAUUUGGAGGCUUUGAUGAAAGUCUACUAGCCCGUGCAGAAGCUCUGGCGGCUGUAGACAUUGUAUCACACGGAAAGAAUCACCCGUUCAAGCCAGACAUUACCUACCAUAACAUGAGCAGUGUCCCAUGUACCUCUACCUCUUCCUCAGUGCCCAUCUCCCACCCCUCCAGCCUCACAACGCACCCUCACCACUCAGUCCACCAAUGCUUGGAAGGAGAUCUUCUGGACCACAUCUCGCCCUCCUUGACUGUAAGUGGCAUGGGGGCAUCUGACCAUACAGUGAUGUCCUCACAAAUCCACCCUCAUCACCUGGGGGCCAUGGGACACUUACACCAAGCCAUGAGCAUGGGCCACCCACACUCUGUGUCCACUCACAAUGGGAUGUCAUGCAUCAACGACGUGGAGUCAGAUCCGAGGGAGCUGGAGGCAUUUGCUGAGAGGUUUAAGCAGAGAAGGAUCAAACUUGGUGUGACCCAAGCUGAUGUUGGAGCAGCUUUGGCCAACUUAAAGAUCCCAGGUGUUGGAUCUCUAAGCCAGAGCACCAUCUGCAGGUUUGAGUCUUUGACCCUGUCUCAUAACAACAUGAUAGCCCUCAAACCAGUUCUUCAAGCCUGGUUGGAAGAGGCUGAAGCUGCCUACAGGGAGAAGAACACUAAACCCGAGCUCUUCAAUGGCAGUGAGAGGAAACGCAAACGCACUUCCAUAGCUGCCCCAGAGAAGAGGUCCUUGGAAGCCUACUUUUCCAUCCAGCCAAGACCUUCCUCAGAAAAAAUUGCAGCCAUUGCUGAAAAGCUGGACCUUAAAAAGAAUGUGGUUCGGGUCUGGUUUUGUAAUCAAAGACAAAAACAAAAAAGGAUGAAAUAUUCUGCCGUCCAUUGACUUGGAAGCUGUUAAAUAAUAAAAUAAAAAAAAAACAACAACAAAAAAACAUAAAACUUAUUAAGAGAUUUAAUUCGAAGAGCAGGGAUCUUUAUUGAAAACUUCAGAGGACUCAACUAGAUGAACACAAGAAGCCAUCCACUGACUUGUUUUGUUUUCUUCUUCUACAUCUUCACCCUGGGAAGUCUAAGUGAAGGAGUCACCAUGUAAGAAAAUAACUCCUGGACAUGUUUUAAUAUUAACAUUUAUGUUCAAAUCAAUACAUACUGUACCCCUCACUAGCAUCCCCACUUACGUUCACUUCUUCUAUACCACCUCUUCUCCACUGUAAACUCUAAUAACUUGUGCUGGGUUAUUUAAAAACAAAAAAUACAUUGCAAUAACUAUUAAUGACACCCAUCAUAACACUUUGAUAAAAAGGAAAAUACUUGUAUGAAAAUUGAUGUGUUUUUCCUAAGAUAAUUAAUUACAGUGUGUGCUCAACGCUCAUUUAUGUAGUCGAACCGUUGUGCAGUUGCAUCAGAUUCUUUUUUUAAUCGAACGGUAAGUUCUUUUGGAUUAAGAUCUAAUUUUCACAAACGUUAAUGUGGGUGCUCUUUUUAAUGAGAAUUUUUUUUCCCUCUGUCUCUUUUUUUCCCCCCCUAGCAGCUACAAAAAAAUAUAUAUAUGAAUAAUAUAUGAGAAUUGCAAAGCUAUUUUCAGCUGAGGCUUCUGUUUGCAAUUAUUGUUUCCUCUGUUCAUACAUUACAUGUACUUAAUCAGACUAAAAAGAAAUGUUCUUCAUUUAUUUUUUUUGUUGUAAGAGCUGAACAUUUCAGCCUGUAUUUUUGCCCCAGCACUUAAUGCCUAACUGUACACUGUGACCUUAAUAAAUGGCUACACAUCUAAAUGUUGUCUUUCAACAACAAGAAAGAAUAUGCAACAGUUCAAUUCUUCCAUAAUUGACACAUUUUAAUUUCUGUUAAAUACUGCAUCUCAAGUCUGUAUUAUACACAACACAAUCAUGUCCCUUUGUGCAUUUCUAAACUCAGUAUUUAAAUAUCCCUUCUCUAUGCAUUUAAUAUAUGUCAUUGCAUUUUGUGUAGUUCUUGUG